AUGACAUUCAAGGAAAACCAGUAUCAUGCGUGGUGUGAGGAAAAUGGUGGUACCAUUAGCCCCGAGAGGAUAUUAGCCAUUUUCACCAAUCUCGCGCAAAAAUUUGGAUUUCAAGACGAUAGUGUGCAAAAUGUGUAUGACUUGUUCAUGACACAAUUAGACUCAAGGGCAAGCAGGAUGACGGGCACGGCUGCAUUGCAAUCACUACAUCGAGACUAUGUUGGUGGGUUAAACUCGAAUUUCCGCAAUUGGUAUUCCGUCUCGCAGUAUUUUUUCGAAGAUGAAGAAUGGCCCGUGGUGAAAAAGAGGACGUGGAAGCAGCAAAAGAAACAGAAGCAGCAGCAGAACAAGAACAAGAAUGACUUGGGCAAGAAUAGCAGUGGUAUAAGGAAAAACAAGAAUAAGAGAAAGACAACGAGAGAUGACGAUGAAGCGUGGUUGUUGAAAUUCUCCAAAUGUAGUCAAGAGGAUUUGGUUCUGCAAGUGGCAUUGUAUUUGCUCAUAUGGGGAGAGAGUAACAAUAUCAGAUUUAUGCCCGAGUGUAUUUGCUUUUUAUACCAGUGCGCUUUGGACUAUAAGGGUCCCAAUUUUGAAAAACUCCAUUUUCUCAACAAGAUCAUCACACCCUUGUACAGGUUCUUGAGAGAUCAACAGUACAGUUUGAUUGGCGACAAGUGGAGCCGCAAAGAAAUUGACCAUUCACGAACAAUUGGCUAUGAUGACGUCAAUCAGCAUUUCUGGAGCCCCGAGGGGCUCUACAAGAUACGAUUCGACGGCGGCGGCCGGCUCUAUGACACGAAGAAGGAGUUGAGAUAUAUGGAUAUCGAGCAGAUCAACUGGAAGAAGUCCAUGAGCAAAACCCAUCGAGAACGAAGAACUUGGAUCCAUGUCUUGACCAACUUCAACAGAAUAUGGAUCAUCCACGUUUCGGUUUUCUGGUUCUUUAUGUCCUUCAACUCACCAGCACUUUACACGCGCGACUAUACUCCCGACAAAUCGCCCUUUUUGCAUGUGCGAUUAGCGCUUGUUUCCGCGGGCGGGGGCAUCGCGGUGCUUGUUUCGCUUUUUGCAGCCAUUUCCGAGUAUUUGUUCAUCAAGAGCAAAAAUUGGAGAAAAGUGGUGAUUUUGUUGGUGUUGCUCGUGGUUAAUGCGGCACCCAUAGUUUACAACUUGGUAAUCUUGGACUGGGACGAAUAUUCAAAGAAUGGCAAUGUCUUUGCCGGGAUCAUGUUGACAUUGUCAAUCAUCACUUUCCUCUACUUGGCCAUCGUUCCGCCUGGUAGCUUCACCUCGGUUUUCGCCAUGUCGUUCCCGCCACUAAGAUUAAGGAGUCGCUUAUUUUCAAUCAUCUUGUGGGCAACGGUUUUUGCAGCCAAGUACUCGGAAUCCUACUUCUUUUUGAUUUUAUCACUCAAGGACCCCAUCCAGAUCUUAUCGACGCUUGAAUUGGAGUGCAAUGAAGGCCAUUUCCUAUGCGCGGCGCAGCCAAAGAUUACAUUGUUUCUCUUUUACGUGACGGAUUUGAUUUUAUUCUUUUUGGAUACCUAUCUUUGGUAUGUCAUUUGCAAUUGCUUAUUUUCCGUGGGUUUAUCCUUUUCAUUGGGGGUAUCGAUCUUUACACCAUGGAGAAACAUCUUUGCCCGGUUACCGGACCGCGUCUUGGCCAAGAUCUACUAUGGAGAGUCGGUAAAUUUGGUGCUUGUCAUUUCCCAGAUUUGGAACAGCAUUGUGAUUUCCAUGUUUCGAGAACAUGUCCUCUCGGUGGAGCAAGUUGGCAAACUAAUUUAUCAAAAGGAGAUUGAAGACGAGACUGUCCGCCCCCCGUUGUUCUUUGUCAAUGAAGAUGACAACACUUUUAAAUUGCACACAUUCAUCAAGAUUGAAGAAGAAUGGGAAAGGAGAAUCACUUUUUUCGCCCAGUCGUUGUCCAGCCCGCUCCCGGAACCGUUCCCAGUGGUUUCAAUCCCUGCAUUCACGGUGUUGAUUCCACAUUACUCGGAAAAGAUCUUGUUGACGUUGAAAGAUCUAAUCAAAGAGCAAAGCUUUUCCAAAUUGUCUUUGUUGGAGUAUUUGAAGCAGCUACAUGUAAAAGAGUGGGAGUCCUUUGUCCAGGACAGUAAAAUGAUUCUGAGAAUUGGCAAAGUAGUUGAGGAAGAUGAAGAAGAAGGAAAAGGAGGAGCAGGAGGAGGAGGAGAAGGAAAAGAAAACAACAGCAACGGCAACAACAACAACAACAAUGAGAAGGUUGGCGAUAAUUUCGAAGACUUGCCUUACUAUUGCAUUGGAUUCAAGGAAUCGACACCUGAAAACAUUCUUCGCACGAGGAUUUGGGCUGCAUUGCGAUGCCAGACACUAUAUCGAACGGUAUCGGGGUUUAUGAACUAUGAGACGGCGUUGAAGAUUUUGUACAGAAGUGAAAACAUUGGGUUCGACGUGGAGAAUGACUUGUUUGUUGAAGAGGAGUUGCAGGAUUUUGUAGAUCGAAAGUUUCGCCUACUUGUGGCGAUGCAGAAUUUUCAAAAUUACACUGCCAAUGGUUCAGCUGAUGCAGAAGCCAUGUUUCGAGCAUUCCCCAACAUCCACGUGGCCAUCUUGGAAAAGGAAAAUGACGAUUACUUUUCCACUCUUUUGGACGUGUCUCACAGGGAUGCCGAUGGGAAAUACAUCAAAAAGUACAGAAUCAGACUAUCUGGGAACCCGAUUCUUGGCGAUGGCAAAUCAGACAAUCAAAACAACGCUCUCAUUUUCUACCGCGGUGAAUACAUUCAAGUCAUAGACGCCAAUCAGGACAACUAUAUCGAGGAGUGCUUGAAAAUCAAGUCGCUCUUGGCGGAAUUUGAAGAAAUAGACCCACAAGCCUCGGGAAACUACGCCGCGGCUGCAUCGGCAUCAGCAUCAGCAUCCGUAACGGCAUCAUCAUCAUAUGCUAGUCAACUUCCUCCCGUUGCAAUUGUUGGCUCGCGCGAGUUUAUUUUCUCCCAGAAUGUUGGCAUAUUAGGAGACAUUGCCGCGGGGAAAGAGCAGACUUUUGGAACGUUGUUUGCUCGAACAAUGGGCGAGAUUGGCUCGAAAUUGCAUUACGGUCAUCCGGAUUUCUUGAAUGGGGUGUUUAUGACCACCCGCGGCGGGAUAUCAAAAGCGCAAAAGGGGUUGCAUUUGAACGAAGAUAUUUAUGCGGGGAUCACGGCCACUUGCCGAGGUGGACGAAUCAAGCACUGCGACUACUAUCAAUGUGGCAAGGGACGAGAUUUGGGGUUCCAAUCAAUUGUCAAUUUCACAAAAAAGAUUGGAGCCGGCAUGGGGGAGCAACUACUUUCACGGGAGUAUUUCUAUUUGGGCACGAAACUACCGAUUGAUCGAUUCUUGUCCUUUUAUUAUGCCCACCCGGGGUUCCACAUCAACAAUCUAUCCAUCAUGCUCUCUGUCAAGGUAUUUAUGCAAUUGAUUGCGAAUUUAGGAGCGUUAAACUACAUCAAUAUUCCAUGCGAUGGCGGUGAAGAUGGAGCGAUUGAAGGAUGCCACAAUUUGGUGCCGGUGCUCAACUGGAUAGACCGAUUUGUGCUCUCGGUUUUCGUUUGCUUUUUCAUUUCUUUUUUGCCGUUGAUUAUUCAAGAGUUGAUUGAAAAGGGGUUCAUCAAGUCAAUCUUUAGGAUUCUUUUGCACAUUAUUUCGUUGUCGCCGUUUUUUGAAGUGUUUAUUUGCCAAGUUUACUCGAAAUCCUUGAGGGAUAAUUUCAUAUUUGGCGAAGCCAGCUAUAUUGCAACGGGUCGAGGAUUUGCAAUCUCGAGAGUCUCCUUCGCGGUGCUAUACACGAGAUACGCCGACUUGUCGAUUUAUUACGGGGGCGAGAUCUUGCUUGUGGUGAUAUUGGGCAUGUUGACCGUGGGUAGAACCGCGUUGCUUUGGUUUGUCAUCACCAUUGUUUCCUUAUGCUUUGCUCCGUUUUUAUUCAAUCCGCACCAGUUUAACUUUAUUGAUUUUUUCGUCGACUAUCGAGAAUUUAUCCGUUGGUUAUCGAGGGGCAAUUCCAAGCCAAAAGAACUAUCAUGGACGCAUUUUGCCAAAAAUGUCAGAUCGAGAAUGACGGGCGAGAAAUUCGAGGGCCAUGUGCUGGGUAGGUCGUCAACGGCGAUCAAUCUCUUGGUGGGUGAAGUCGUUGUGCCGACGCUCGGACUAGUCCUAUACAUUAUCCCAUUCUUGUUUCUUCAUUCAGACCAAAGCUUGAUUGAGUUGAGUUUAACCAACCCGCUCAUUAGGCUCGCCAUUGUGCUCUUGUUGCCCUACAUUGCCAAUUUCGUGAUCUUGGCGUUGGUGUGGGUCUUGUCAUUCACCAUUGCCCCCAUCGUUGGCAUCUGCGUUAAAAAAACACCGGCCUUCUUUGCCGCGUUGGCGCACGGGAUGUCGAUCGUGAUCAACCUCGCCAACGUGGAGCUUUUAUUUUUCUUUGAAGAGUUUAAAUUUGUCCAUUUACUAUCGGCGCUAUUGGCGAUUCUUAGUUUCCACAGGGUCAUGUCGAGCUUUAUUUUGAUUGUUGCUGUGUCAAGAGAACGCCUGGAGAAUGUCACCAACAAGGCGUGGUGGUCGGGCAAAUGGUACAACAGCGGGCUCGGCUUUGGCGUCUUUACCCAAAAUGCCCGAGAGCUCGUCAUCAAGAACUUGGAGUUGAACAAGUUCACCUUUGAUUUCAUCCUUGGCCACAUCUUGUUGUUUGCCAUGUUCCCAUUUGUUUUGAUCCCCUACGUCGAUACGCUCCACUCGAGCAUGUUGUUUUGGUUGAAGCCAAGUCGCCACCUAUCGCGCCCCAUUUUGAGUCGGUCGCAGCUGCGGAGACGCAACUGGCGAGUUGUUCGCUACUUUAUGCUCUUCUUGUUGCUUUUGGUGGCCAUGGUUGCGUUGGUGGUGGUGCCACCGUUGUUCCAGGAUACCUUGUUGCAGUUGCAAAAACUGUUAAUGGGUAAUCUUAAGUUUUUAGGGGGUUGA